AAUUAAGUGGAAAAGAUCACGAGCUGUUUUUUUACACAAAAAUAUAGAAGAAACACAGGAGGGAGAGAUAGAGAGAGAGAGGGGCAGCGAGAGAGAUGUGGGAAGCGAUCUUACUUACGCUGGCAGCCACCGCCGGAAAUAACAUCGGAAAAGUUCUCCAGAAAAAGGGCACUAUUAUUCUCCCUCCUCUCUCCUUGAAGCUUAAGGUCAUAAGAGCGUAUGUUUUUAACAAACCAUGGAUAAGUGGUUUCCUAAUGGAUAUAUUUGGAGCCAUGCUGAUGUUGCGAGCAUUAUCUCUAGCUCCUGUCUCAGUCAUUCAACCAGUUUCUGGUUGUGGACUUGCUAUACUUUCUAUCUUUUCCCAUUAUUAUUUAAAGGAGAUGAUGAAUGCUGUUGACUGGGUUGGGAUCACGUUAGCUGGCAUUGGCACCAUAGGAGUUGGUGCUGGAGGGGAGGAUCAAGAAGCAUCUGCCAUUUCAAUUUUUCACUUGCCAUGGCUUGCUUUUGUUGUUGCGUUCAUGUUUGUUCUCCUUAAUGGAUGGCUACGUAUUUACAGGCGCCAGCGUAAAGAACAGGAGCUGAUGCAAUCUGAAGUGGUUGAGGAGAUUAUCUAUGGCCUGGAAUCAGGCAUUUUGUUCGGGAUUGCAUCUGUCAUAUCAAAAAUGGGAUUUCUAUUCUUGGAGCAGGGUUUCUCUAGAUUGCUUGUUCCUGUUUGUGUUUCAAUAAGUAUAUGCUGUAGCGGGACAGGAUUUGUCUAUCAGACUCGUGGCUUGAAGCAUGGGAGGGCGAUUGUGGUGUCCACUUGUGCUGCUGUGGCUUCUAUCGUCACUGGUGUACUUGCUGGUAUGCUUGCUCUUGGGGAGAGGUUGCCUUCUGCUCCAGUGGCCCGUUUAUGGCUUUUGCUUGGAUGGCUGUUAAUCAUCACAGGCGUGAUAUUACUCGUAUGUUCAACACGCUUGCUGCGAUAUAUUCCACGGCCAUGGCGGAGAACAAAGCGAUCCAGUGUUGAUAAAACCUUUGGUCUUCGACGAGCUGUAUCCCUCCAUAGCAGCAAGGAUACCAGCCCAAGCGCUGUUAUACAAGCAACCACAUUGCAUCAUUUGAUAACUCCCCCUAGACAGAAGGUAUGAACUGCAGCAUGAAGAUUGCAGAAAAUCACUUUUGAAAGUUGAAAUACAAGCUUACAUGUAAAGGUCUAGGGUAAUAUUGGGGUUGGUGUGUGUACAUUCGUCAAUGAACUUUGGAGGUGUAGUGGAAGGUGUGGAAUGCAAGAUUGUUGACUGUUGAUGGGGUUGUCGAGCAUACUUGUGGCCUGGCAUAAAGCAGUUGAAUUUGAUAUUUUUAGGUGCCCUUGAGCAAGAAGCAUCGGUCUGUAUUUUCUAUAGUUGUAGUGGUCUAUAUUUUGAAUUAGCUAAUGAAUGUCACUAUUUCGUUUUUAUUGUUUUUAACCUAGUCUGUAUCUGCUUACUGCAGUUUAGCAGUCUAAGCAAAGAAUGGUUUGAAGGUUGUGUUUGAUAUGUUCUUACAGUUGUAGCCAAGUGGCCAACAAUCGGUCGGAAUUUUUACCACCUGGUCCGGCUUUCAUCGGAAAUAAUAAACACCAUCCGACAACAGCA